CUAUUUUAGAGCUAACUUGGAGCUGCAGAAGCAAGAGACCUUUUGGAGCCAUCAAGUCCCCAUUGUAUAUAUUUGUGGCAUAUUCUACUUCCCUUGCAUCUGAUUUAAUCUUUCAUAGAAUUGUGUGCCUUACCACCAAACUCUGAAGCAUUUGCCAUAGAUAGCUGUAUGAUCACUUAAUGGAAAUCUGAAGGAAAACUGAGGCAUAACUUGCGACCUUGUCUAGUGUCACAUGUACUUAGGUGACAAUUUACAAUCAGCUCUGCAACUUGAUGGGUGACAACCUUUUUCAACCAAAAAAAUAAUUCAGAAAUGGCAGAACUCUUCAUGGAAUGUGAAGAAGAAGAGCUAGAACCAUGGCAGAAGAAAAUAAAAGAAGUUGAUGAUGAUGAUGAUGAUGAGCCAAUCUUUGUUGGGGAGAUAUCAAGUUCCAAACCAGCAAUUUCAAAUAUUUUGAAUAGAGUUAACCCUGGCUUGUAUUCAAGAGGGAUAAAGAAUGGCGCACUCAGUCGAGGUAUUACAGCUGCAUUCAAGCCUACAAGUCAACACUACACGAAUUCAGCAUCAAAUCCAGUGUCUGCCUCGCCAGUAAAUUUUCAUCCUGAAUCUAGAUCUUCAAAUAGCUCUGUUAUUGUUCAGCCUUUUUCUAAAUCUGGUUGUAUAAUGAAUCCAUCACAAGCCGUAUCUAAUAAUUCUUCAGAGUUAUUGUUUGAUUUGACCCAGGAUACAGGAUUAUCACAUUACCAAAGGGGACCAACACUUUCUAUAGCAGGUAUCAAUGAAAGUUCAUUUUUAUCAAAACGACCUUCUGCUUCUGAAGCAAACAGUGUUAAUCCAAAAAAACCUAAGCCCAGUGAAAGUGUUUCUGGAACAAAUUCCUCAGCUGUGUUCCCUUCAGUUAAAUCUCCUUCCCAGACACCUUCCCAGGCGAUGCCGUCAAAAGGUGCAGAUACCUCAUCAGAUCAGUCUAAAAAUGGAACACCUUUUCCAAGAGCUUGUCCAAAGUGCAAUAUUCAUUUCAAUCUUUUGGAUCCUCUGAAAAAUCACAUGAAGUAUUGUUGUCCAGACAUGAUAAAUAAUUUUUUGGGACUGGCUAAAACAGAAUUUUCAAACACAGCAAAUAAGUCUGUUGAUUCAGAGAAAGGAAAAUUGAUCAUGUUAGUUAAUGACUUUUAUUAUGGAAAACAUGAAGGAGAUGUCCAGGAAGAACAGAAGACUCACACAACCUUUAAAUGCUUCAGUUGCUUGAAAAUUCUAAAAAAUAAUAUUCGGUUCAUGAACCACAUGAAACACCAUUUGGAACUCGAAAAGCAGAGCAGCGAGAGCUGGGAAAACCACACCACCUGCCAGCAUUGCUACCGCCAGUUCCCCACCCCCUUCCAGCUGCAGUGCCACAUUGAAAGUACUCACACCCCCCAUGAAUUUUCUACCAUUUGUAAAAUCUGUGAAUUAUCAUUUGAAACAGAACAUGUUCUUUUACAACAUAUGAAGGACAAUCAUAAACCCGGCGAGAUGCCGUAUAUCUGCCAGGUUUGUAAUUAUAGAUCAUCAUCAUUUUCUGAUGUAGAAGCUCAUUUUAGAAGAUCCCAUGAAAACACUAAGAACUUGCUGUGUCCAUUUUGCCUCAAAGUUAUUAAAAUUGCAACACCCUAUAUGCAUCAUUAUAUGAAGCAUCAGAAAAAAGGAAUACAUCGCUGUACAAAAUGCAGGUUGCAAUUUUUGACAUGCAAGGAAAAAUUGGAUCAUAAGAGCCAGCAUCAUCGAACAUUUGUAAAACCUAAACAACUAGAAGGGUUGCCUCCUGGAACAAAAGUUACCAUUCGAGCUUCAGUUGCACCUCUUCAGUCAGGAUCUUCACCUACACCUUCUAUUAGUGCAAGCACUUCUACCUUUCAGCUCUCACCUCCAAGGACAAAAAACUUAGCUGCAAAAAAUCCCACAAAAUUAAACUCAAGUAAACCCAGUGCACCCAAAUCAAGUGCAAGUAAAACUAGUGGAAGUAAGCCAAAUGGAAAUAAACCUAAAUACAAAUCAAAAAUCUCUAAUGUGCAAAAGAAACAAAGUACGUUGGCUAAUAGCAAUAAAAAGAGUAAAGUGAAUACAGCGCUGAGGAACUUAAGGUGUCCUGGAGGUGUUUACAACUGCAUUGAGUGUUGUUCUGAAAUAAAAGAUUUUGCAAACCAUUUUCCUACCUACGUCCACUGUAGUUUUUGCAGAUACAACACUAGCUGUAGCAAAGCCUAUGUAAAUCAUAUGAUGAGCUUUCAUAGUAACCGUCCAAGUAAAAGAUUCUGUAUAUUUAAGAAGCAUUCAGAAGAUCUCAGGGGCAUUACUCUAGUGUGCCUUAAUUGUGAUUUCCUAGCUGAUGUUUCUGGAUUAGAUAAUAUGGCUACACACUUAAGUCAACAUGAAACUCACGUAUGCCACAUUGUCACAGAGAAAGUUUCUGUUUGUAUCCCAACUUCUGAACAUCUUUCUGAAUUAAAAAAUGAAGCUCCCACUAAGGAACAAGAACCUAUAUCUAAGGACAUUGCAAGACCUAAUAUAUCUGAAGGAGAAACCAAAACAUCAAAUGCCAAAAGUAAGCAAGAUGAAGGUUCAUCAGAAGAAAAAAGUGGAUGUCAUGCAAAUUUACUUGAAGGCUCAUCAUCAACACAAAGGGAAGAAAGCUUAACAGUUUCAGAUAAAGAAAAUGAUGCUUGUCUAGCAGACCAGGAAACUAGCUCAAAGAAAAUCUUCAGUUGUGAUUCACACAUUGGUGCAGAUAAAGGGGAAAAGGAAAAAGAAAUAAGGCAUGUUGGUCAGGAAAUGGAACUGAAGACUGGCCAACGUUCAGAAAAUACAACAUCAUGUGAUCAGACUGAUGAUCACAGCUCCAGUGAAGCUGAGUUUUCCUCCAAGAACAUUAAGGAUUUGCUGUUAAUGUCAAGUGAUGUUAGCAUUGAUCAGUUUUUGAGAAAAAGAGAUGAACCUGACUCUGUUAGUUCCGAUGUUAGUGAACAAGGCAGUAUUCAUUUGGAGCCUUUGACACCUUCAGAGGUCCUUGAGUAUGAAGCCACAGAGAUUCUUCAGAAAGGUAGCAGUGAUCUCUCAGCGAAGACUGAUAAAGUAGUGUCUGGUCAAACGUACGACGUUCCUGGAGAAAACAGUCAUAGCACAGCAGACACAAGAGCACACCUGGCAGAUGAGAAAGAAAGGAGUUAAAUUGUUCAGCCACUCGUAGUGCACCAACAGGAAGCACACUUGGGAAUAGUGCUCUCCGGUGAACACACUCGGGCUUUGGAGGUCAGAAAUAGAACACAUGAGAGAGGUCAUUCAUACACGUUGCCUGUGUGUUCAAUCUAAGUUAUUAAACAGAUCGACUAACCAGUAAUAGCAUGAUUAGUAUGGAUUUCCAAGUCUUAAAAAAAUGAGUAGGAUUUUAACAAAGACUUCAGUUUGUGAUCAGAAGUUCUCAUUUAAGUUUUUGAAGAAAUGAGACUUAAUUGCUGAUAUGAUAAGAAUAUUAGCUAUAUUAAUAAAACUUUUCAAACUUUCUCAUCAGUCUAAGCUUAAAGUCCUGUUACCUCUGUAUCUUUUUCAGUUACCUUAAAGGAAGUGAUUUGGAAACCAUACAGCUUUUUGGGAUGGCUGAGUUAAGGUAGCAGCUGAUGGGCACUGUUAAUGAAGACUGAAAGUGGGAUGCUGGCAGUGGAGCAGGUGUAGAGUGCUCAGCUGAUCUCAUGAGAAUUUGGAUGGGCAGAACUUUGAAUUCAGUGUAACAUCCCAGUCUGCCAGAAGCAUGUAAAUAGAACAUCUGAGUCUGUGUGCCUCCAUACAGGUGUUAGCCUGCUGGGCUGUAAGCUUACCUUUAAUUAAACUUUCAGUGAAAGUGAGAUUAUUAAAAUAUGAACUUAUAUUUGUGCUUUUGGUCAGGGUGUAAACAGCAAUCCCUCAUUGUACUAACUGUAUAAAAUAGAAAUCCAUUUUUGAAACUCUGGUAGCUGCUAUGCUUUUAAUGUUGUUUUAAUGAUUGUCUUUAAAAAUAGACCCAUAAAAACGGUCUGGAAACCAAACCAAAGUAUGAUACAGUGUAGAUAUUGUAAAGCGGUGAACUAAAAACAUGUCUUGGCAUGCGUUCAGCCAAGUUUAAGUGACUUUUCUGUAAUUACAAGAUAAAACUUUCGAAUGGGACCUAAAGCAGUGAUGUAAAAAAAUUGGUUUGGGGAAUUUAGCCUAAUUUAUCUAUAAGUUAACUGCUAAUUUGGCUUUUCAGGUUUUUUUUAAUUAUCUAGAAGAGAAUAGAUACAGAAAUGAAUCAUAUGAACAGUAGUUUGCUUUAAAGUUCUAAUAAACUUUUAUUUAAAAUGCUACAUUUUUACUCUUAAAAUGUGCUUUGAAUUCUUAAAAUUUUGUUUCACUGAAUAUUAUUUUAAAUGAGUAUUAACAUUCUGCUGUAUGUACUAGUUUUUGAGUGUUUGCAAUAAAAAUCUGUCCCUGAACAAUUGUAUUUUUCAGAUCACUGCCUGAUUUAAAUUAACUUUGCUACUUUAGACAUUGUACACUUGUUUAAAGAAAUUUCUUCUUUAAAAAUAAUACAAUUUCAUUCUGUAUUCUUUAGCUGAUGUCUGACUUAUUUUAAAUUAGAACUAAAAUAUGGGGGUAAUAUCACUAAUAUUUAGAGAAUAGUAGCUUUAUACUUUCACUUCAGAGAAAAACCAUUUAAUAUUGUACUUUUAAAGCUGUUCAGCAACUUAAGAUGUUAAAUAGGAAAAAAUAUAAUUCUAUUUAUUUUCUUGAAUAUUUGAGGAAGAACUAAUGUUUUCAUCCUUCUUGCUCCCAAGAAAAGAUAGUGAGACCCAUUAGCUGUCAUCCUUUACCUUGUUGAAACAUAGUUUACACCAGGAAGAAAUUCUGGAGUUAGAUGAGCCUUCAAAGAGCAGGGAGUAGAAAAAAGUCUGACUCCAUAGGAAUCAUUUUCUGAGUUUCAUUCAAUUUGUAGCAGAGCCUAUCAUUUUAGGUCUCUCAAGUACUUUGUGAAAAUAAGUCUUUUAGGUGAAACCAGAAUCCUUUUUGAGAUUUGGGUAAUUUUUACCCCUGCUCCCUGUGUCUUUAGAGUAGUGAUAUUCAAAGUAGCUGAUCCACAAACUAUACCUGUCUACCAGUGAGAAAAGGGACCUAUACCAGUCUGUAAAUCUUUCACUGAGAAAAUCUGACAAUAAAAACAAAAUAAACAAAAGUGUUGAACUAA